AUGGAACCCAAGAUAUGGUCUUUUCAAGACCUUGCAAGUCUGCCUCGAGUCGCCAGAGGACUUUCCGGCGUCGUUUCCGAAUACAAAUCCCACGAAGUCGUUAAAUGGCCCUAUCCAUUCGCCGAUGGCGAACGCAACCACGAAAUCGAAAGGCGCAUAUAUACGCGACUAGGCCGACAUGCCCGAAUUGUCCACGUUAUUGCGAUUUUGCCGGAACGAGGCAUUGUGAUGGAACGAUUGAAAGAGCCUCUCUGCCUGCGCCUGAAAACUCUUCGAGAAAAUGGAAACGCUGUUUCAUCAGAGCAGAUUCAGAAAUGGUCUUUACAGAUUGCGGAGGGUUUACAUUACAUCCACAGUAAAGGAGUCCUCCAGGCUGAUAUUGGGUCUCAAAAUUUACUCUUGGAUGAGAAGGACAAUCUGAAGUUUGCAGAUUUUGCAGGUUCCUCAAUUGAUGGAGAGCAGGCGUUUGUCUGUUCAAGCUCACGCGCUUCACUUCGUCCUUUCUGGGAGCAUCAUCCUUCCAUUAAGGAUGAGAUAUUUGCCAUGGGUUCCAUACUCUAUGAGAUAUCUACAGGUCGGAAGCCAUAUCAUGACAAAACAGAUAGUGCUGUUGAGGAGCUUUACCUGGCAGCGCAAUUUCCCGAUACCGACCACCUUCGACUGGGCCCAGUGAUUUGGAAGUGCUGCCAUACCGGAAAAAUGGAUUUUUUGAAUACCGUCGGAUUACCUUUCAUCCGAUCCGAUACGUAG